CGCCUACACAUUCUAUUCCAUCCACACAGAUCCUUAACGACAACAAUCGCCAUGCCUCCCAAGAAGACCGCCGGUGCCGCCAAGGAGAACGUCUCUCUCGGACCUCUGUCCGGAGAUGGCAAGCUCGUUUUCGGCGUUGCUCGUAUCUUCGCCUCCUUCAAUGACACCUUCGUCCAUGUCACCGAUCUCAGCGGUCGCGAAACCAUCUGCCGUGUCACCGGUGGUAUGAAGGUCAAGGCUGACCGUGACGAGUCCUCCCCCUACGCCGCCAUGUUGGCUGCCCAGGAUGUCGCUGCUCGCUGCAAGGAACUCGGCAUCAAUGCCCUUCACAUCAAGAUCCGUGCUACCGGUGGUAACGGCACCAAGACCCCCGGUCCCGGUGCUCAGUCUGCUCUCCGCGCCCUGGCUCGUUCUGGCAUGAGAAUUGGCAGAAUCGAGGACGUUACUCCCACUCCCUCCGACUCUACUCGUCGCAAGGGUGGUCGCCGUGGUCGCCGUCUGUAGAUCUGUGCAGAUAUGCCUUUUUCCGACUUGUGCAGUAUUUUCUUGCGCGGCUGGACUAGAGGCUGUCAGCAGGUUCGCCUUUACCUGUCACUGUGGAUGGAAUAGACGCGAAGAACGGCUUUCUCGCCUGGUCUUCACCUUUUCUCUUUCUCAUACCCUAAAAAACGAAAUAAAAGUUUGUUCUCAAACUGUAUAUCAAUAAUCCCA